ACCCGCCCGAUGUGGGGGAGGGGUAUUGCACGCUCCGGAGUUCCCAGCGCUGCUGCUUCAGCUUCUUUGGCGUUCGGAUUAGUGUUAAGAUCCGGUGUAGCGAGGUAAUGCAGUUGGUGGCUGCUCCUGCAAGCUUGAGCUUUCUUGCUGUCCGGGUAUAUGCUGCUGCUUCUGAGAAUGAAACUUCUAAAAAGAACUUACUGAAAGUUGAUGAGCUUUCACUCUAUACCAGUCCAGCACCAAAAUCAAAGUAUGUAGAAGAUCGACAAACACAGUUGGAGGAUGGUAUCUGUUAUUUGCGACAUUCUUUGGAUCCAUAUGCAGCCUGGUUUCAGAAUGUUUAUGGCAAAGCCUUGCCCAAAGCAGAAAAAGUAGCUGAAUAUGGUAAAGAGGCCUGUGAAUUUCUUAAAAACCCACCACCUGGAUUUUACCCAAGGCUUGGGGUCAUAGGUUUUGCUGGCAUUGUUGGAUUGUUCCUGUCUAGAGGUUCAAAAAUAAAGAGGUUGGUGUACCCUGUAGGAUUUGUUGGGAUUGGUGCCUCUCUAUACUAUCCACAGCAAGCCAUUGCUGUUGCCAAGGUAACUGGUUCUCAGCUGUAUGAUUGGAGUUUGCAAGCAUAUAUAACAAUAGAAUCUUUCUGGAAAGAAAGUCCAAAAAAGAAAAGAUCUUCAAAAGCAUCUGACAAGGAUGACACAGACAGAGACAAGACAGCAAAAGUGCAAGAAGGUUCUUCUGAAUAAAGAAUAAUAACAUAGAAUUUGCUGCUCAGAAAGAUGGUCUACAGAAAACCAACACUUCUAGAAUGGAAGAUCACUGCUGAAUCUGUGUGGAAUAUGAGUAGUUUGCAUAAACUUUGCCUCAGGAAAGACUGUCCUUGCAAUCUGUCUCUGAGGGCACUGUGAGUGUGAAGAGAUACAGCCUUGCCUUCUGCCAGCUUUUGACUUCAGCUCGGAGUUCUGCAAAAUUUCUCAUGGUUAAUUCAAGACCUGGGCAUAAUUCUACAAACCUGAGCCCUAGCUGCAAAGAGGGAAGUCCCAUUGGAUUCAGUGGGUCUUAAUUCUAAGUAAAUGUUUAUGAUUGGGCUGCUAAUUAACAAGUCUCAACACUCUUCAAUCUCUUGUUACUAUUUAUAAAGCUUAAUUAAACAAAAGAUUAAAAAACUA